UUCCAACGUGCACAAUGGUGACGUUUACCAUAUCAUGAUGGCGGUAGCUUGGACUAUUUUGAAUCUCGUCCCACUUUUCGAACUUUGUACCAUGUCUACACCGUAAAAUGUCUUCUUCUUCUUCAGAGAACACAGAAUAAUUAAGCCAUCAUCAUGGACUCUGUCGUGGGGGACGAUUUGACGCUGCCCGUUGACAUCAACGGAAGCUGCAGACUGCCAGACUCCAUGAAUGCUGGGGAUUUCUCUACAGACAGCAUGACAGCUCCAUCCUUCCCUGAAAAGAUGUCCCCGAUCAAAGCUCUCACCAUGAAGGACUAUGAGAAUCAAAUCACAGCCCUGAAGAAAGAGAACUUUAACCUGAAGCUGCGCAUUUACUUCAUGGAGGAGCGCAUGCAGCAGAAAUGUGACGACUCCACCGAGGACAUAUUCAAAACGAACAUUGAGCUGAAGGUGGAGCUGGAGUCUAUGAAGAGAGAACUAGCAGAGAAACAGGAGCUUCUUGUGUCUGCAUCGAAAGCGUUGGAGAGUCUAGCUGGGCGGGAAUCAGGUGAACCACAACGCGUGAGAGAGCAGGCUCAGAGAGACAUCGACGCACUUAGAGACGCAUUCAGCAAGAGGAUAGCUGACCUAGAAGAAAGUCUACAAACAGCAGAGGAAGAGGUUGAGAAGAUGGCAACCAUCGCUGAGCAGGAGAAGCUCAAGAGUCUCAACAUGGAGAGACAAAUUCAGGCCUUGGGUCCACCGUGCACUUUCCCCCCUGUCCCCAGCCCAGUCCAAGACCUGCAGCAGGCUCUGCAGGAGAAAGACCGGAUCAUCGAGCAGCUCACGAUCACUGUGCAGAACCAGGAAGCCGUGAUGCAGCAGAGGAAAGGUGCAGACCAAGAGACAGAUGCACCGUCAGCUGAGCGUCUUCAACAGCUUUCUGAUCUCGUCACUAAGAAAGAUCAGGAACUAGAGGCACUGAGGAACAAGCUUCAAGAAGAGAAGGACCGAACAACACCAGAUCACCAGAAGCAGAGUGACUUUGGCAGACUUGAGUCCUGCAAUUCGCUCCUGACUGAAGAGAUCAUUCAAGCAAAAGGCACCAUUGAGAACCUCAGCAGAACACUGGAUGAAACCCAGACUCAAAACAAGAGCUUGUUAAGAAAGUUGGAGGACAAGGAGAACGAACUCAACACUGAGAAUAAAAACACUCUGAAGCGAGACAAAACCAUCCAGGGGCUUACUCAGGUGCUCCGAGAAAAGGAGAAAGAGAUUGCAGAGCUGUGUCAUGACAUCGAGGACAGGGAUGAUGCUUUGGCCAAGGCAAGAGAGACAGCACAUAAAGCCCAGCUACAGAAAUACCAGGGAGCAGAAGAACACCAGAAUCUUUUAAUGGAAAGGCAAACAGAGCUGGCUCAACUCCAGGGAGAACAUCACUCCAAGGUGCUUGAAACUCAGAAACUGCAGCGUGGACUGGACAGGAAGGAUCAAGAGCUGGCUGACUUGCAGCAGGCAAAAGAGCAGCUGGAGGUGGAGCUUGAGGACAUGCAACAGCAGAAGAAGAAGGGAGACAAGGCCCUGAAUGAUCUGAAUAAUCAGCUCAAAAAACUGAGCGGUGAGAUUGGAGAGAGGGAGAGUGCUCUGGAGCAGCAGUACCAGGACCUGCUGGAUCAGACCAAAAGAAAACUGCAGUCCCACGAGUCCACAAUCCAGCGGCUCACAACCACUCUGGCUGAUAAAGAGCAGCAGCUACAGGAGUACAUCAACAUGGUGAGAGAUAUGGAGCAAAGCAAAAGCACAGAAGGGAAGGAUAGUGUGCUGUCCAAGCUGCGGCAAAGGCUGAGAGAGAAAGAGAAAGCUCUGGAGCAAGCGCUGGAUGAGAAGUUUGCUGCCGUUGAGGAGAAAGAUAAUGAGAUACACCAGCUGCAGCUGUCUCUGAGGGAGAGGGAAAGAGACCUGGAUAGGCUCAAUAACUUGCUCUCUCACAACGAGGAAACCAUCAAUAGUUUUGACUGUCUGAUCAAGGAGAAAGACGUAGAGCUGCAGCAUCUUGCAAACACCCUGAAGAACCUGCAGAGAUCCAAGCAAGAAGCAGAAGACAACCUGAACAGAUCGCUGAGGGAGAAGGACUCCAUCAUCAGCCAGCUCCAGCUCUCUCUGGAGGGCAAGACAAAAGAUAUGGAGGAUAUGGCUAACUCCAUGCUAAGCCAGUCGCAGACUCAUGCACAUGACCUCGCCGAACAGAUGGGCCAGAGGUUAAAGGUUACAGAGGCGAUGCUGGCUGAGGCUCAGAAGGCCAGAGAGAGGCUGAUAGCUGACAAUGAGAGUGCUGUGGAGGGGCUGUUAGCUACAAUCAGCAGCAAGGACAAACUCCUAAAGGAGUCUGCAGAGCACUACAACCGCAUGCUGUCUGAGCGUACACAAGAGAUCCAGGAGCUGAGGAAGCAGCUGUCUGACUGUCAGCAGCAGCUCGCCGCUGCUGAGAGGCAGAGCACCACAACAGCCCAGGAGGGACAUUUAGAGACUGCAGAGCUCAGAGCACUGCUCACUGACAAAGACAGCCUCAUCAAUAAGCUGCUGCAGCGUGGUCAGGAGAGGGAUCAGUAUCUGGCAGAGACGAGGCAGAAGGAGGAUCACGUGUUGGAGCUUAGACAGACGAUUCAGAUCAUGCAGGAGAAGUUGGACGAGAGGGAUGCAGAGCUCGACAGGAGGAACAGCGAGGAUAAUACAGAGAAUAUUCCUCUUCCCAAGAAGACAAUUGUUGUCCUGAAGAAGGAGCUGGCUCAGAAAACUGAGGCUCUGAACAAAGCACUGAAGAGGGAGAAUGAGCUGAAGAUUUCUUUGGCUGAGCUGCAGUCACUGCUGUCAGAGCGAGAGGGCCGCAAUGAGGGUCAGGCUGCUAAUAUUGAAUCCCUGACUGCCACUCUGAAGACCAAGGAUGAGAUCAUCAAUGUUCUCCACCAGCGGCUCGGUCAGAGAGGGGACAGUCGGGCGGAUCAUACUCAGGAUCAGGUCAUCAGUUCUGGCAUGGAGAGAUCACUCCCAGGACUCCCUCAGAGAGAGAGAACCAUGAUCGGUGGAGACAGCCAGCAAGAAGCUUUUCCCAACCUGAUAGCACUGCAACAGGAACAUAACGCUCUGAACAAAGCCCUGAGAGCCGAACAGCAGCUCUACUCCAGCCUGGUCAGGACUGUGAAGGAGCAGGACAGUGCUCAGCGUCUCCAUGCUCUGCAGCUGGAGCUGACCGCUGUGCAGCUCCUCAGGCAGCAGCUUGAGGACAGCAUCAAAAGUAACGAGGAGCUGAGGGACGACUUGGAGAGAGAGAUACACAGAGCCAAAGUCAGAGAAGGUCUGGACCUGAGUGAUCCUAAAGAACUGGAGAGUGUGAGACACCAGCUGGAAGAUGCACAGCGCUGGAAUGCCUCCCUGCAGGCUCGCUUAGGAGCCAUACAGAACCGAGGAGGAGGCGUUGGUGGGGCCAAUGAUGGCGGUGAGACUUUGAGUUUCAUUGGAGAUCAGACUUCCUACUUGAGCAUCUGCAUGGGUGAGGGGCAGGAUGACAGCUUGUCUCAACUCUCUGCGCAGGAGCUCAGGCAGAAGGUGCUGGAGCUGCAGGACGGCAUCAGCACACUGCAGACGUUGAACACCGAGCUGCAAAACCGAUUAUCACCAUCAGAGAAGUCGGACUACAACAAAGAAGUCAAAGACGUGGCCAGCAGUAGCCCCUCCAAACAGCAGCUCGAGAAGACGCAGGAGACGCGGCCUGUGACUCGCAGGACGAAGACUCAUCAGUGUGGUCAAGACAAAGAGAGUCAGACGGACAUCAGGCUAGGACAGAUGGUGUCUGGAAGGCUGUUGGAUGAUACGAGUAUGAUAAACCAGAGUAGAGAGCACACUCAGUCUGGCAAACACACCUUGCACACUGUAGACUCAGAGUCCAGAGAGAGGACCACAGACAUAAUGGCACUUACAUCUCUGCUGGCUGAUACCGGGGUCACAUCUGUCUCACACCUUAGAGAGGAGCUGCUCAGACUCCGGGCAGAAAUCGUGGAGCUGCGGGGUCUCCUGAAAGAGCAGAAAUCUACCGAGAGUAAAGAGAGAGCCAGCACCGACGCCUCAGGGAACAGCAGCGACGGACAAGCGGAGUUACGAAAGAGCAUGGAAACUCUUCAAGCUGAGACAGAGGCUCGCUCGAAGCUCAUGUCUCAGCCAACAGAGGAGAGAGAGAGAAACUCUUAUAACAUGCCAGAUGGGGAGAGCCCUGUCAGCUCCUCAGAGGGGGCGCAGAGUCCACAAACUAAAGGCCAAACACACAACAGGAGUGGGAAGAUGCAUGUUACAAAACAUGGGGCUGGAGUGAAAUCUCGUCUCCCAGUCCCUGUGAAGCUCAGAGUGGAGGGGAGCAGCAGCAGACAGUCUGUACACUCUGACCAUCUGAGAACUGAUGCACUUCAACACCUUCAUGAGGAUGAUGUACAUGGCUCUGAGCAACAUCUGCACACAGACUCUGACUCUUCGUUACGGGGGUACACGUGUGGCAGCAGCCAGGUGGAGACGGACAACGUCUCUGAAGCAGAAACAACAAGGGACCACACCCCAGCCAACUCUGCCCUUCUCACUCAGCUGGAGCUGCUCCACCAGGAGUGCCAGGAGAAGGAGGCUCUGAUCCACAAGCUCAGCGAGCAGCUCGCAGAGUGGGAGGAGCUCGACGCUCGGCUCCAGGAAAAGGACUCACUCAAUCGGCAGUACGUGGAGGCCUUACAGGCUGCAGAAUCCACCAUCGCAUACCUGACUGCCUGCAGUCUGGACAGCCAGGGAGGGUUUGGGACGCAUGCUGCUGGUUUGUGUGCAGGUUCUGGCUCUGGGGGCUCAGAUGCAGCCCUUCACAGCAAGUGCAUGGACCUGCAAACUGCACUAGAGCUGAAGGAGGAGCUAAACAGCAAGCUCAUAGAUCUUCUGAGUAUGGCAGAGAAAGCCAUCAGCCAAAGUAAGAGCCAUGAUCCAGAAAACACUGAUUUAUGUUCACAGAUAGAGACGGCCUUGCAGCAGGCGAAGAGUUCUUCAAGAAGACAGAGCCUUAGAGGUGUCUCUGGAAGCACAGAUGACUCCAUGCAGGAGCUGCAGCGACACGUGGACUGUUUGCAGGAGGCACUAUUGGAGCAGAACAGACGUAAUGCAGAGCUGCAAGAAAAACUGAGAGCUGCAGAUGCUGCGGCUACAAACAGCUACAACAGCAGCAGCGUGGAAGACCAGAGUUCAGAAUCCAAAAAGGACAAAGGGUCAAAGAGAAGUUCUGAUGAUGUCAGCUUAAAUCAGGAGAUGACUAAAGUUCUUAGAAACUGCCUGAGUGCUGCGGAGUCUACGAUUGCCUCUCUGGCAGCAAACUGUAGAAGUACUAGCUCCUUUGCUUCAGGUAGAUCCUCACAGUCCAGCUCUGAGCUGCAGAUUCAUCUGGAGAAACUUCAAAAAGCUUUGGAGGAGAGGAAGCAACUGGAAGAACCUACCCAGCUAACCUAUAAACCCAUCAGCAAUCUGCCGGCUUCUUCAUCUGGAACCAAGGGAGAGCAUCACCAAGAUCUCCACAACAACAUCUGCCUCCUCCUCAAGGUCCUCGGUGAUCAGCACCAGAGAAUAUCUGAGCUCCAGGCCUCUCUGCAAGAAGAGAGGGGCCGUAAAGAGGAUAGCAAGGUCCAAGCGGUCCAAGGGAUGUUGCAGGAUGUCAAGGGAUUACCACCAAAUGUUCAGCUCCAGCUGGAGACUCUCCACAAGGCGCUGAGGGAGAAGAAGAAGGCGUGUAGAAGCCUGGAGGAGAAGCUGGCCUCUGCUCUUUCACACACACCCUCCCCUGACACGACACGGAGAGCUCUGGAGCAGGAUGACAAAGGCGUGCAGGUGGAUUUUCAGGACCUGGGUUACGAAACCAGUGGCAAGAGUGAGAACGAUAGGGAAGAGAGCAGUAGCACAGAUCUAGAGGUUGGUGUGAAGCCCAGCUGCAGUGCCUCUAGCCUGCCCUCUCUGCUGAAACACGAACAGGCCAACUACUCCUCAACAGACAACCUGGACUCCACCUCCAGCACCCCGUACCCGAGCUCCCCAGCUUUCAGCUCAGCCAAGGUCAGUCUGAAAGGCCUGCAGGUCUAUGACGAGUAUGGCGUGUCUGAGGACCCUCACCAGCUACAGGGACAAGUCAAAGAGCUCAAGGUCCAGCUGGAAACCCAGACCAAACUCAUCCUGCAAAUGCAAAGUCUUCUCCGUAGGAACUCUCUUUGCAGUGACCAAGUUGCCAACACUCCAGAUCAAGUAACUCUCAGGGAUCAAGAGGGAACGCAUAGAGACAACCAUGGCCAGGAUAGAGGCUACAGAAGUGGGCAGCCUGGGGAGAAAAAGGAGGGGGAGAACCAGGCGUUGAAGGAUAAAACCAGCCAUCUGAAUGUGGAAGUGGAAGGAGAGAAGAUGCAGAGCAGAAGAUUGAGUGAUCAGCUGCAGCAGACACGCAGCCGCUCUACAUCUCCUGCUAGACUGGACUCCCUGGUGCAGUCACAGGCCAGGGAGCUGUCACAACUGAGGCAGCAGAUUAAAGAGAGCCGCAGGCUGGGAUCCAUGCAGCGCCGGCAGCUGGAGGAGCUGAACAAGGCCUUCAGGGAGCUGCUGCAGACAAACAAAGUGGACUACUACAUGGGCGAGGUGGUGAAAGAGCAACUGGACAAGAGCCUGGGCAUCCUGGACAGGCUGGAGGGACGACUGGACAAAGGAGACUCUCAUCUGGAUAACGAGGACGUAGCGGCUCUGGAGCUGUCACGCAGGCUGGCUAAAGAGCUGCAGGAAAAGAACCGUGUGAUCCAGAGCCUGCAGAGCCAGUUAAGAGGCCAAAGUCCCAGCAGCCACCACAGCUCACACUCGGAUCUGUACUCAGACAGAAACUCCUCCUCUUCCUGCUACAGCAGCCCGACCACACAGGGCGGCAGUCGAACCCACAGUUUAGGUCAGAGACCCCUCGCCGAUUGGACAGGAUCAACCGUCCGUCCUGUGGGAGGAGCUCAGGAGGAAGGAGGCGUGUCUGAAGCCGGCAGACUGCAGGGCCUCCACAGGGAGAAAGGCAGGCUACAGGAGCAGCUGAGGGACAGCGAGGAGCUCAACGCCACCCUGCGCAGUGAACUGGACCUGCACCGCUCCAUCAUGGCCCAGACCAGCUUCCACCAUCAGGAGCAGGAUCACAAACAAGACCAGGACAGAGCAGGGCCUCUGGUGGACUCACCCAAACAGGAUGGAGAUGUCGGCUCGCAGAAGAAGUCUGCAGAUGAUUCUCGCACGAUGAAUUCAGAUUUGCUUGCAGAACAUCUGCAGGAGAUCAGAGCUUUGCGGCUGCGCCUGGAGGAGAGCAUCCGCACCAACGACCUUCUCAGAGAGCAGCUGGAGAAGAGACUGGCCGAGGUGGAGAAAGACCCAGCGGCCACCAACAUCUUCAUCCAAGGCAACGAGGAGCAGGGUCAGCUAGCCAAUGAGAUGCGAUACCUCUGGGGACAAAACCAAGCCCUGAAGGAGCAGCUCAGCAUGGGCUCCAGAGACAAACAAAAAGAGAACGAGAAGCUGCGCGAGUCUCUGGCCCGACGCACGGCCAAACUGGAGCAGAGCAGGAAGGAGUGCGACAUUCUGAGGCAGGAAAACAGCCGCCUGCAGGAGAGGCUGGAGCUCAACAACCAGGAGAACGCCGCGCUGCAGGAUUCACUGCACUACAGCAAGGAAGAGCUGCACAGGUUACAGAUUGAGGUGAAGCUCCAGAGGCAGCAGCUGUCUGACUCCCAGCAUCUCCUGCAGUCUCUGCGUGUGGAGCUGCAAGUCUACGAGAAGAUCAAGACGGACGCUCGGAAACAGAACGAAUCCAGUGAGGCCGCCCAAGAUCCCAUGUCCGUCCCUCCGUCCUCUGGCCCCCUGGACCUGAGCGAGCUGCUGCAGGAGAUCCGACACCUGAGGCUGCAGCUGGAGAGGAGCAUCCAGACCAACACGGCUCUGAGGCAAAGACUAGAGGAACAGCUGCUCCGAGGACCCAACCGCUCUGAGACCAUCAACAUCAACUACCUGCUGUCCUCACCAGAAGAAGGAGGAAGAUCACCUGGAAGGGAAGGCUGUGAUCCUCACUCACUUCAGGGUCAUACUGAACACACAGGUGUCCUCCAUGGUGAGAGACUCCGGGCUCAUUCAGACGGUGGCUCACUCAGCAGCAGCUCCAGCGAAAGUGUCUCCGGCGCUCCUUCCCGCCUCGUGCCGGGUCACCGCAUGUGGGCCAACCGCACCGGCCGCCACGUCCUGGGUCUGAUCGAGGACUACAACGCUCUCCGUAAGCAGAUCUCGGAGGGACGGAAGCUGUCGCGCAACAUGGAAGCACAGCUGCAGGAGUGUCUGCACGCCGUCAGACAGCAGGGCUCUGACAACAAGGUGAUGGAGCAGCAGCAUCUGAAGAGUUUGUGUGGCAGUGUGAACACCAUGCAGCAGGUGUUAGACGAGGCCGGUCGGCUGCUCAAACUGGUGUGGAGAGUCUCUCUGCCGGCCAGCCCCGCAGCCGGAGACGGAAGCAACAACCAGCAGGAUGAGCUGCUGAAAAACGAGAUAGCCAGACUGAAGAGCAGACUGUCACAGCAAGAGAGGAUGCUGAGCGGAGCCGUGAAGCGCCUGCGAUCAACCAACCAGCUCAAAGAGGGAAUGGAGCGAGUCAUCAUCGACCAGCUAUAUGUGACCCACGGGGUGUUGAAGAAAGCCCGGGGUAAUCUAGAGGAGGUUCCAGUCAGUGGCCUGUAGGAGGCACUGUAGACCGUCCAGAUGAGCAGAUAAAUGUCCCGUUAUCCCAGAGGCCUGCGGACAGACACUCUGACUCCUCCAACAGUGACGCGUCUCUGCACUGCAGCUACUGAACCCCGCUGCUCCUCUGCUUCUUCAAACGUAGCUUCUUUACGUCCAUCGGGCCUUAUUCCUCCUUCCUCCUGCCUUUCUGUCACCUUACUCUCCUGAGAUCGAAGCCUUUUUUUGUACGAUAAUUGCACAACCUGCUUGUUAUUUGUUAUUUUAGGUACUGAAGAUGUAAUUUUUUUGUUCUUUAAAAAGAAAAAGCUUUUGUAAAUAUUGAUCCUGCGACUUUAAUAGUUUAUCCUCUAUUCUUUUUUAUAUGAUGCAAAUUAGAACAUGAAAGUGUAUUUUAUUACUGACUUUUUACUCUGUGUCAUCGUUUGGAAGCGUAUGUAAAGGACGGUUACCUUGUGUUGAAGAAAUUAUGUGCAAAUGCAGUAAAGAACAAAGUUGGAUGAAACUGCA